AAACAACCAACUGACAGACCAUCACCUUUUUGAUUCCGUCAACAUCCCAUUUUUGUUAUAUGUUUCUAAAUCUUCUGUCUCGUUAAAAGUCCAUAAAAGAAAAUUAAACAUGUGUGCUGAACCUCGUUGUGGCAUCAAGACUGAACGGGUACGGUGCGAUGUCUGCCGUACCAUCAACUUGGCUAAACACUUGAAGCAUCCCAAACCAGAUAUGCAGAUGUAUGAAAAAUGUGCCCCACGCGAAAAGUUUUGUCCUCAACCAGAUAUUCCGUUGCAUCCGACUUGCAUCAAAGUUUGCAGCAGACACGAAUACAAGAUGAAAAAAUCCGGUCAAACUGUUGCUAUACCCAGAAUGCCUUACUACGUCCACGGAAAGCUUUUGUACGCCAUCAAAGCUGGUAUCAUAGUAGGUUCCCUUUACUUCACGUACACGCAAGGAGUGUGGGGCGACCAACGAGAAGUCACAGAAUGCCUUCGCCGUUGGUCGGAAUACCUGCGCAGCAUCAACACUAGACGCCCACCCGUCUUUGAUCAGUGUGGUAACGUCAUUAAAAAGGACACAGUGGAGACUAUGGCUGGACCCUUGUAUUCAAUCUACAAAAGCGCCGUGACGACUUGUUUCGCUGGUGUUGUCAAAGUGCCGCUACUCAUCAAAUGCGCCUACUUUGACUACCUAAAGGCUAUGGAGAAGAAAAAAAUGGAAGAAGAAAUGGAAAGGAAAUUAAAGAAAAAGUGAUUUAAAAAAUAUUACCAUAUUCAUAUAAGCCGAGGGUUUAGUAAGUUUUGUAUUGUUCACAAAAUUGACAAGUGCACAGUUGAAUUGUAACGAGACUAGUAACAGCAAAAUGUUCCUAUAAUGUAAAGUAAAAGUGGUACGUUCAUCAUUUUGGUACAAAUGUGUAAGAAAAGGUAACAACCACCAACAUCUUUUCUUUAAAAAGUUUUUGUGAUAUUGUCAGAAGGAGUUAAAAGUUUCGAUAUGAAAACAUUGUAUAAAUGGACUCUGAAAUAUGAAAAAUGUAAAAUAUAGCUGUUGUUAUGUUUAGUGCUUAUCGUAAGGUAAAAAAGUGGUUUCUUGAUAUCGGAACCAGACAAUAUUUCAAAUUAUGGUAAGCAUAAUACAAGGAACGUAUUUAAAAAAUAUAUUCUUAUUUAUUGUAUUGUUAUACUUUUUGUCAAAAAGAAAUAUAAAUACGUCUUUGAAGAA